AUGUAGGAUUUAAAAAUUUAUUAUAUUUAAGAACUCGUGAAAAAAAAAAGCUUCUCUAACAUUAGAUAUCAAUGGAUAUUGUUUCACUUACAUUUCUUAGUAACUAUCUUCUCAUUUACCUUUUCAGAAUCUCCACUGCCCUAGAUACUAUUAGUCUCUCACAAUCUUUGACCGAUGGCAAGACCUUGGUUUCCGGAGAAGGAACCUUCGAACUGGGUUUCUUCAGUCCAGAUGAUUCCAACAAACGUUAUUUGGGAAUUUGGUAUGCAAAUAUGCCAGAUAGAAUUGUUGUUUGGGUUGCAAACCGGAAUAAUCCAAUUAAUGACUCUUCUGGUUUGUUGACUAUAAACAGCACAGGCAAUCCUGUGCUCCUCAGUGAGAACACGACUGUUGUUUGGUCAGCUUCAAACUUGAUGAAAGCAGCACAAGAGCCAAUCUUGCAGCUUCUAGAUACAGGAAAUUUUGUUGUGAGAAAUAAAAAUGAAGGAGAUAAUGGAAUCUAUUUGUGGCAGAGCUUUGACUAUCCAUGUGAUACACUGCUUCCAGGAAUGAAGCUGGGAUGGGACUCUAAGACUGGACUUAAUAGGCGUCUAACAUCUUGGAAGAGCUCAAAUGAUCCAUCUGUUGGAGACUUUAUAUGGGAGACGCAAUUGCAGGGUAAUCCUGAGCUAGUUGUGUGGAAGGGCAGAGAUAAGUACUACAGGAGCGGCCCAUGGAACGGCAUUACAUUCAGUGGUGGCGUUGCACUAAAGCCAAACCCAAUUUUUGAGUACAAUUUUGUCUCAACUGAGGAAGAGGUAUACUACACAUACACCCUCAAAAAUAAAUCCUUAUUAACAAGGAUAGUUAUAAAUCAAACCACCUAUACUCGCCGUCGCUACACAUGGAAUGAUAUCAGUAGAAGUUGGAUACUCUAUGAUAGUGCGCCAAGGGACCGCUGUGAUAGUUAUGGCCUUUGCGGUGUCUAUGGAAAUUGCAUGGCUACUGAAUCGCCAGUUUGCCAAUGUUUAAAAGGGUUCAAGCCUAAAAUAUUAGAAGACUGGAACCUAAUGGAUUGGUCUCAAGGGUGUGUUCGCAAUAAGCCAUUAGAUUGUCAAAAGGGAGAUGGAUUUGUUAAAUUUGUUGGGCUGAAAUUGCCGGAUGCUAUGCAUUCUUGGGUCAACAAAACAAUGAAUUUAAAUGAAUGCAGGAUUAAAUGCUUACAGAAUUGUUCUUGCAUGGCAUACUCAAAUUCAGAUAUUAGAGGUGGAGGCAGCGGAUGUGCCAUUUGGUUUGGUGACCUGAUAGAUAUUAGGCAGUUACCAGUUGUAGAUCAAGUACUAUAUAUUCGAAUGAAUGUUUCAGAAACAGUGGACAAACAAAAAACCAAGUGGAAGAUAGCAAUAAUAAUUUUAGCUUCCAUUGCCUUGGUCUCUGGGACACUUGUGAUCUGCUUUUCUAUUUAUAGAAGGAAAGUAAAGUCCACAGAUCAAUCAGCAACAAAUACACAAAAUGGUCAAAACAAUGAAGACUUGGAGCUGCCAUUAUUUGAUUUAUCUACAAUAGUUAAUGCCACCAAUAAUUUUUCAUUCAACAACAAGAUAGGAGAAGGUGGUUUUGGGCCAGUCUACAGGGGCAUACUAACAGACGGACAAGAAAUUGCUGUAAAGAGGCUAUCAAAGAGUUCCGGACAAGGGUUGAGUGAGUUCACAAAUGAAGUCAUACUUAUUGCAAAACUUCAGCACCGAAAUCUUGUAAAGCUUCUUGGUUGUUGCAUUCAAGGGGAGGAGAAAAUGCUAGUUUAUGAGUACAUGCCCAAUAAAAGCCUUGACUCCUUCAUUUUUGAUAAAACGAGAAGUAAACUGCUUGACUGGGCCAAGCGUUUCAACAUCAUCUGUGGGAUUGCUAGAGGGCUUCUCUAUUUGCAUCAAGAUUCAAGAUUGAGGAUUAUACAUAGAGAUCUCAAAGCAAGUAAUAUAUUACUUGAUAAUGAGAUGAACCCAAAAAUUUCAGAUUUUGGCUUGGCCAAAACUUUCAGAGGUGAACAGAUUGAAGGAAACACAAAUAGGGUGGUUGGAACAUAUGGAUAUAUGGCACCCGAGUAUGCUACUGAUGGGAUAUUCUCAGACAAAUCUGAUGUUUUUAGCUUCGGAGUAAUAAUGCUUGAGAUAAUUAGUGGUAAAAAGAGUAGAGGGUAUCAUCACCCUGACCAUACUCUUAACCUUAUUGGAUAUGCAUGGAGAUUAUGGAAAGAAGGCAAGUCCUUGGAAUUGAUUGAUUCAAUAUUAGGAGAGUCAUAUGAUCUAUCGCAAGUCAUGCGAUGCUACACUAUUAGUCUUUUAUGUGUGCAACAACAUGCUGAGGACAGACCAAGCAUGGCAGCUUUGGUUUUGAUGUUAAGUAGUGAGAUAGCAUUGCCUGCGCCUAACGAACCAGGUUUUUUCAAGGACAAAGGUGCACUUGAAGCAGAAUAUUCAUCAAGCAAGUUUGAAUCAUCUUCAACCAAUGAAAUGUCAAUCUCAUUGCUACAGGCUCGAUAGAUGAUUAUUUUAACUAUAUGCCAAGGUAACAUUUCUUGUUUACAGUUUGUUUAUUGACUCUGUAGCUAAAGAUGCUAGUAAAGUUUUAGCACAUUCGAAAUUGUGUAAAUUUUCAACAGUACGAGACAGGAACCCACUGCUAAAUGAUUUAGGUUCUUCAGCCAUUGCAGAGCAAAACCAGAGAAAAUAUUGUUGGGCUUGAAGAAUUCUUGACACUGAGCUUCAAGCUCAACUACUUUAGUUCUUCCAGUACAUAUUACGUGAUCACACUUUCUUUUGUUCUGAAAUUCAGUGAACCAU